AUUGAGGACAUUGUAAACAAACUCGUGAAAGAAAUUUUCGCUUUUUACCUCGUUUUAUAAUUAAAAAAAAACUAUUUUACAAUUGUAAAGUUAACCUUGACUCAACAACUGUUAAUUUCAAAUACCUUUACUUCAUAGUCGUGAAUUGUUGCUUCCUCCGGCAGAGCCGAUUUAAGAUUAGUGAUAAUGAAAUCUCAAAAUACAUAAGUCCACUAUCAGUCUUGAUUAUUAACGAGGCACUCCAUUUUAUUUUGGUCUUGUUUCGAUCUGGACGUGAUCAAAGUCGGUGAAGAUGAAGAAAGUUUUCAAGCUUUGUACUCACACUCGGAGUUUUAACACCGAAGAUCUUUUGUUAAGUGCAAAGGAACACAGCGAUCUGAAGUUGAAAGACAUUGUGGAGAUAUACGAUCCCGACGAUGAUGGCGUCCAUCUACUUCUGCAGGUUACUUAUUUCACUGAAGAUGUUGUAAUGAGCCGCGAAACUAUCAGCGUUGAAGCGAAUAUUGCUGUGGCGUUCAAUCUUAAGCCUUACAAAAAUGUCUACAUGCGGAAAGUGGAUAUGUCGGAAGUUGCGUUGGAUUCAGUGGAGAUAACAUUCAAGGAUCAGUAUAUGGGUCGAUCGGAAAUGUGGCGACUGAAAACAUAUUUGACCAACACCUGUGUGUAUUUAAACAAAAAGAUAGAAUACUGUGAAAGCUGUAUCCGAUGUCAGGUGUACGAGAUGUGGUCCCAGGGAGAUCGUGUAGCCUGCGGAGUUAUUACCGAGGAUACCAAAGUGGUUUUUCGAAGCAACACGUCGAUGGUAUAUUUAUUUAUUCAGAUGUCCUCUGAGAUGUGGGAUUUCGACAUCUAUGGAGAUUUGUACUUCGAAAAGGCCGUCAACGGAUUUCUAGCAGAUCUGUAUACCAAAUGGAAGAAGCUUGGAAGUAAUCACGAAGUAACGAUUGUAAUGUUUUCGAGGACAUUUUAUGCAGCUAAGAGUCUUGAGGAAUUUCCGUUACAUAUGCGAGAGUGUCUUCAGAUGGAUUACAAAGGGCGUUUCUAUGAAGAUUUCUAUCGUGUUGCAAUUCAGAAUGAACGAUGUGAUGACUGGAGUUCUACUUUGGUUCAACUACGUCGUUUAUUCACUGGAUACCGUGAUAUUGUUCUGAAGUAUCACGAACGACCCGAUUUGAUGGAUAAAAUACCUACUGCAACAAAUUCCACAGCUGCUCAAGGAAACUUUUUGGAAGUUUUGAAUAUUUCGUUAAAUGUUUUCGAAAAACAUUACCUGGAUCGCAGUUUUGAUCGCACUGGACAGUUGUCUGUAGUAAUCACCCCAGGUGUCGGUGUGUUUGAAGUAGACCGAGAACUUACGAAUAUAACAAAACAACGAAUUAUCGAUAACGGAGUUGGUAGUGAUUUGGUUUGUGUAGGCGAACAACCACUUCAUGCCGUCCCAUUGCUCAAAUUCCAUAACAAAGAUUCGCUUACAUCGAUAGACGAUUAUUCCAUGCCUCAUUGGAUAAAUCUCAGCUUCUAUUCGACAAACAAAAAAGUGGCGUAUUCUACGUUCAUCCCACGUAUCAAACCACCUCCAAUGCUGUCCGAAACGGUAGCUGAUGAUAAUUUAAAUGCUUUAAAACUGAAGCUGCCCAAGAAAGAGACUAAAAAUGAGUAUAUUCACAAUUGUCUGUUCGAUUACGACGCAUAUGAUGAUCAGAUUUUCCAAUUACCCUCCGCCCAAGGAACAUGCUCAUUGCAAAGAGUGUCACGAACGAAGAAAACUUCUGUUCCCAGUCUGGAUGGGUUCGGCAUAACGGGCAAUGGUCGGGACUGGGAAAGUCUGACCUUGUCUUCGGACACAAGAAGAAAGAUGUCCGAUCCAGAUAUCCAUCAUAACGUGCAUCACAUUCUGGACAUGAAUCUUACUUCGCACAAUAGCUCACCGAGUGCUACAGCAGGGACCGGUAUAUCCGAGAAAACAGCCGAAAGGAAUGGCAACCGCUUCGGUUCCUCGAGUGGCCCCGUCGUGAGGACGGGUAGAGCCUUGAUUAAUCCGUUCGAUCCUUCGCACGUGACCAUAAAACUUACAUCCAAUCGAAGGCGCUGGACACACAUUUUCCCUAAGGGGCCACAGGGCGUUCUUAUUCAGCAACACCAUUAUCAAGCUGUUCCAGCGCCUAAGAAAAAUGUGAAUUAUGCUUUUGAUUUGGACUCUAGUAGUGAAUAUGCGCACACAUCAACAUGCACUCUGGGUCGUGGAAGAUACGGUAGCAAUGCUUCUUUUGAUAGUCGCCUCAACGAUGACGAUUUGAGAUGGAUUUCGGAUAACAAAGUUCUUGUGGCCAAUCGCAGAAAGUCAGGACUUCUUCAUUCUGCUGCAGGGCCAAACGUUACCGUCACACCUUCAAAAAGUUUAACACUACUAUGGGGUGUGACCGGAGAACAGGAAUGGACACCCUCUCUGACAACGGCUGGACGAGUUAUUAUAGGAGUCGAUUGGAAAUCCUUAACUAUUCCGGCCUGCCUACCAAUUACCACCGACUAUUUUCCGGACAAACGAUCAUUGCAUAAUGAUUACGUCGUAUCGGACUAUACGCUUUUGCCGGACGACGUAAACGCUGAGUUUGCUCAGAAUCGAGCAAUUUACAAAAAACCGCUAUCAACGGAGGAGGUUUUCAGGGAGCUCGUUUCCCAACGAUUGGCGCAGGGUUUCCAGCUCAUAGUUUUACCCGAUAAAAGUAUAACCAAUCCGCAACAGGCACCAUGUUGCGGAGGACAGCUGCAAACUUCUUUUCAAUUGAGUGUUUUGAGAAUACGACCUCCGCAGGAACAAUCACAGGAAUAUUUACUAUCCAUAGGGAGGAUUUUUCACAAAAUCACUUUAAGUGGUUCGGUUAUAACCGUAACCCGGUUCAGACCGAGGCAUCCAUAUCCACCGAUCAAUGUAGACUAUCGUUAUCGAUUUCACGCUCCUCAGCAUGAUACGUAUGAGGUGUCUGGUGUAAAUUUCACCACCGAAAAGCUGGAAAACUUUAACUGGAAUUAUAUGGACCAGUAUAUUUGUACCCGAGGCGAUACCGAUUUUCAGCUGCAUGAGAACAUGAAGUACUGGCGAUAUCGUAUGUAUCUUUUACCGAAGGAUGAUCCCUCGAUGAAGAGGAUUUUGGACGGUUCUGUAAAGCAUUGUGAUAUCUAUACCGAGGGCAAAACACUACAAAUCGAAAAACAUACAUGCGACGAAUUUGUUCGGUUUGUGGAAUCCCACCUGAACAAAAUAAAAAAAGCAGCGACGAAGAAGCUAAGGGGAAGUCCGCUUCAAUCUCAUCUGACCAGAAGGCGACACAGCACGAGCAUUAUCUCCAGACCUCCACCUAACCAGUAUGGAGUUCCCAAUAAAUUGUAUUAUAUUGGUAAUGGCUAUGGUUUUAGUGCUAACUGUUUGUUUCAAGACCGCAAUCAUAUCGAUAACGGGUCCAGCAUACUUACCCGCUCAAGUUCAAAAGUGCUGGACAAGGCCAACAUCCAGGCGGCAGCAGCAGCAGCCGCAGCAGGAGCAAAUCAUCACAUGAACACGGUUGGGGGCAAAACCACGGUCGAUGGAAUACCGUUAUCCACCUUGAACUCGGCAACGGAACAAGGCCUGCCGGAGGACAGCGAUGAUUUCUGUACCGAGAGCAGCAAACUCAAGCAAACGGCCACGCUGCAGGAAAUUUUCGAUGCAUUCAAAAAUCCCACCCACGGAGUCGGAUUUCUGGGCCCGGCUCAGAGUUUGCCGUCGUGUACGUUUGUGGCCUACGAUGCCAUCCAUUGGUUGCAGAAUCGCAUCGAGGGGCCCUGCAAUCCGUUGGAAAUCUUGGAAGAUAUGCGGAAGGCUCGUAUGAUCUGUCAUGCCUCUGGGGAAUUUUCCAAACCUGUCGUGGCCGGAUUUUACCUGUACUACAUCAUGAUGCAGGAUAAGGAGUCGCGCGAGUACACUCCUCCACUAGGUGAUCUGGAGGCAUUCGAGAAUGAGUGGAUGGAGGUGGCGAUGCAACUGCCCGAAUUCGUUCGACCCAUCGAUCCGAUUGAUGUGGGAGUACCGGCUUUCCUUAGGGAGACCAUAGAUUUCGGUGAAGAGUUUUUCGACGGUUCCCUUUACAAGCAGACCCACCUAGAUAUCGAUACGAACAACAAGUCUGAUAGGACUGAGUGGGGUCAUGCUCGGUAUCACCAAAAGAUGAUUCCUGGACACGCAUAUGAAAUAGUCGUUCAAUGGAUUACUGCUUCGGGACCCAUAGUUAGCGAUCUGAUCAGUGGAUGGUCUCGUCGGGCUCAAAGUUGUGGCUUUCAGCUGGUUUCCAUACCGGCCGAUCCGUUGGCUGAGCCUUUUACGGAAAAAAGUGAUCCUUUGCGAGGACCCAUAUUCAUUCCACUUGAUAUUGAGUGCCUGAAACAAGAUCGAAGCUUUUUGUUUGAAGAAUUUAGGAAAGAGACUUGGCCCAAAAGAAUGCUUCUGUUUUUGGAAGCAAUUGUAUCUAGGUUUGGUUUCAUGAGAUGUGCAGUGGAAACUAAGACCGGUUCCAAUCAGGCUUCCCUCGACUAUCAGUACGUUCAUUGCACGGGGAACAUGUUCAUCUUAGUUCCGAACCCUAACCAUGGUUUGAAAUCCCGCCAACGGCUGGCAUCCGGUGGAAAAACCAUGAAAAAACCUACCAAUUUUAUAAAUCGUUACUCGGCGUCGUACGAAUCACAGAUGGGGAAUAACAUGUCUGCUGCCGCUCACGAAGCCUACAUCACGCGACAUGUUACCGGGAGCAAAAACAAGGAAGAUUGUGAUAUGAUACGGAGAACCGGGUUCCUUUGGUCCUGGAACCAUAUGAUUCCGAACAAAAAGUGGAAAUCGCUGGUUAUCUCGCAGAGCGAUGAUCUUUUCCAGCUGCGCAUGCUGCGAGACUUCAAGGACUUUUGCUCGAACCAAGAUCAACGAUUGGUUAACUUUUGGGAGGAGUGCUGGGAGGCCAAAGAAAAGUCAUCGAUGGAAAGAACCUAGACCGGGGAACAUGGGUGGUGAUAUUCUUGGUGAAAAAAAAAACACCGGCGUUUUCAUUACGUUCGAAUUUUAUUCAUCGGAAUCGAAGUCACUUGUUUAUAUGUACAAAAUACCAUUAAAAGUGCCGUUAGUUUUUUUAGUAAAAUUCGUUGCUAAGUUCUCAUUUUCUAGUAAAAUAAAAUAUUUAUAUAAAGCUACGAGAUGUAU